AUGUGCAAUUCUCCCCAUUCACACCCAACCCCCAUUGCACCACAAUCCCACAGCCGUCUCGUCCUGGCCAACAUCCACGUGCUCUUCAACCCCAAGCGAGGAGACAUCAAGCUGGCUCAGAUCCUUCUCGUCCUGGUCAACAUUCACGUGCUCUUCAACCCGAAGCGCGGAGACAUCAAGCUGGCCCAGCUGUCCCUCUGCAACUGCCUGAGCAUCUUUUCUUUUCCGUUUUCCGCCCUCUCUCAAUUCCUCAGCUGCCUCGUUCUGGCCAACAUCCACGUGCUCUUCAACCCCAAGCGAGGAGACAUCAAGCUGGCUCAGAUGUCACGGCUCCUCUCUGCCGCCCAUCAGCUAUCCGAGAAGCACGGAAGCUGCCCGGUCGUGGUGUGCGGGGAUUUCAACGCCACUCCUGCGAGUGCACUCUAUGACUUCAUUGCUUCAUCACAGUUGGAUCUGGCUCUCACUGAUCGGCGAAGGGUAUCAGGGCAGCUGGAGGGAGGUGAGGGGCAGCAGCAAAUGCGUCACGAGCUUGAGGUGCAGCGGGUGCUGGACGUGCUGCCAGCGUCCCACACAGUGAGACGCCCCACUCUAACUCCCAACAGGCACAGUCACGAGCUUGAGGUGCAGCGGGUGCUGGACGUGCUGCCAGCGUCCCACACAGUGAGACGUCCCACUCUAACUCCCAACAGGCACAGUCACGAGCUUGAGGUGCAGCGGGUGCUGGACGUGCUGCCAGCGUCCCACACAGUGAGACGUCCCACUCUAACUCCCAAUAGGCACAGUCACGAGCUUGAGGUGCAGCGGGGGCUGGACGUGCUGCCAGCGUCCCACACAGUGAGACGUCCCACUCUAACUCCCAACAGGCACAGUCACGAGCUUGAGGUGCAGCGGGUGCUGGACGUGCUGCCAGCGUCCCACACUAUGAGACGCCCCACUCUAACUCCCAACAGGCACAGUCACGAGCUUGAGGUGCAGCGGGUGCUGGACGUGCUGCCACCUUCUGACUUGCUGCACACCCAUGAGUUGGAGGUGCAGCGAGUGCUGGACGUGCUUCCAGUGUCCCACUUCGCCCACAACGGCGCCAUGCCCACUCGCCGCUGGCCCAGCGACCACUUCUCCCUCGUUGCAGAGUUCACUCUCCGAUGUCAACCGAAAGAGCAGUAA